UGCUCUAGUAGCGUCCACACAUCCGAACAGAGCCAAUACGGUUUCCAUUAUCGACUAAAACACCAAAAAUUAACACCCGGUUGGUAUUGAAGUUGCAUUAAUUAGCUACACAAGUUUCUGUCUUCUGGGUCCGGCCAUGGCUUCACAUAUGUUGUGUGCAUCCAUCGUCACUCCUACUCCUGCAUCAAACCUCACCAAGCUUCCAAGGCCUUCUUCUUCUUCAUCACCACCCAGACUUCCAAUUCGACUCGGGUCUUUCAAGUGCAAGGCUCAAAGCUCAAGCUCUCAGUCUCAGACUGUUUAUCAGGGCGUCUAUGGCCCUUGGUCUGUUGACUCCACCGACGUUAAAGAGGUGAUUCUGUACAGGUCAGGAUUGGUGACUGCAGCUACGUCAUUUGUAAUUGCAGCUUCUACUGCUUUUUUGCCCGACAGUUUCUUGGCCACUGAGAUUGUUAAGCCCAAUCUUGAUUACAUAUACGCAAUUGGAGCUGGUGGGUUGGGUUUGUCCUUGGUUCUGAUUCACAUUUAUGUGACUGAGAUUAAGCGCACUUUGCAAGCGUUUUGGGGGCUUGGUGUUGUUGGGUCUUUGGCUACAUAUGUAUGCUUGGCUCAACCAGCUGGAGAGGGCUUGGUUCAGUAUGUUGUUGAUAACCCAGUUGCUGUUUGGUUUGUUGGUCCUUUGUUUGCAGCGCUCACAGGACUGGUUUUCAAGGAAGGUCUUUGCUAUGGAAAGUUGGAAGCUGGAAUUCUCACAUUUAUUAUACCCAUUGUUCUUCUUGGGCACCUGAGUGGCUUGAUGGAUGAUGGAGUGAAACUUUCUCUACUGGGUUCAUGGAUGGCCCUGUUUGUAUUAUUUGCUGGAAGGAAGUUCACACAACCCAUUAAGGAUGACAUCGGUGACAAGUCUGUCUUCAUAUUCCAGUCUCUGCCCGAAGACGAGAAGAAGGCCUUGGUUAAGAAGCUUGAGCAACAGUAGUUUAGUUAGAAUCCCAAUUAGUAUGAUGAGCCGCAAUGGCAGUUUAGUCUAUAGUUCUACUGAACAAGAAUUUUGUGCUAAACAUACUGUACAAGCCUAGUGUAAAGCUACUCACCAAAUGUAGAAUGGUUCUUCACAUU